AUGUUGAAAAAAUAUUCAUCAUGGACAUCAAAUCAAUCUUUAACAUCUAUGAAUACAGAUAUGACCAUGAUAAAAUCAGUAACAAUGAAAGGUGAUGAACAACAACAACGAUCAAAAAAUCAUGAAGAAGUUGAAGGUACUUCACAUAUACAUGUCAAUAAUGAUAUACAAUCAUCAUCAAUAUCAAUGAGCAGUUCAUCUUCAACAAUAAAUAAACAAACGAAAGUAUCUUCAGUUGAAAAAUCAUCAAAAGAUACAUUAACAAAAACGAAAUGGCAUCCUAAACAUAAACAUCAUCGUCAUCAUCAUCAUCAUAAUUAUCGACAGCGAACAAAAUGUGUAGGACAACAACAAAAAAUUCUUUCUCCAUCAAAAGUUACAAUUAAGAAUUCAAAAUCUAUUCAUCAAGAUCAACAAUUAAGGAUUAUCCGUCCUAAAGUAUCUAAUAAUAAUAAUUGUACAAAUAAUACGAAUGGUUUAACAAAACUUUCUCAUAAAACAACAUUAAUCGAUAAUCAAAAAGUACCUUUAGCUGUCUAUCGUGAUGUUAACAUUCAACCAUCAAUCAUAUCCAAGAGCAAUUCUCAGUUAGUCUUAUCUGAUAAAGAUAAAAAAAAAAAAACCAGUCGAGGAAAUAUUCCAUUAAAAACUAUUGAAAAUAAGCUCGUAUCUCAACGAGCAGCACCUACAAGUGAAGCUCAAGUUAGUAAUUAUUCUUCAAUGAUUUGUACUCAACCUACUCCAUGUUGUGUUCAACAAACUGAACGUAUCUAUAUUGACGAUAGUUGUUGUAAUCCAUCGACGACAAUUACUUGUCCAUCAAAUCCUUGUGUAAUUCAACAAUGUGACCCAAUGGUUUGUUUUCCUCAACAACAACAACCACAAGUAAUCGUAUAUACUGAUCAAAUGCCAUCACAAAAUUUUAUUUGUACAUCAUCACCUAACAAUAUUAUUCAACAAACAUUACCACAACAAUAUGCUUGUGUUGAUAAUACAUCACAAAUAUGUAUUUGUCAGUCAUUAUCAACAAAUUCAUCACCACAAUCUUUUAUAUGUGUAUCACAAACACCAUGUCCAACAACAUCAAGUAUUUUUAUUCAACAGCCACCUCAAAUGCAAAUUAUUUCACCUUCACAAUCACCAGCUGCACAAUGCUUUCAAAUAUGUUCAACUACUCCACAAGCUCUUCAGGCACCACCAACUAUUCAAAUUUGUACACCAAAUGUUACAGUUAACCCACAAGUUAUUUGUCAACGUCCAUGUGAUUCCGUCGCUUUACCAGUUCAAAAGCAACAACUAGUUUGUACAAGUACUCCUACUAUAACAUUAAAUCGACCAUCUUGUGCAACAGUAUGUUGUGCACCUGCUGCACCCGUAAGUCAGCCAUCCUGCGCAACAGUAUGUUGUGCACCUGCUGCACCCGUAAGUCAGCCACCCUGCGCAACAGUAUGUUGUGCCCGUGCUAUACCAAUACCACAGUCACCACCUGGACCAAGCAUGUUUCGUCAAGCUCUUAUACAAACUUUAUCUAAAAGAACUGGUUUACCGUUACCUGUAGUAUGCACCGUUAAUGCUCCAGUAGCAGAACAACCAAUGAUUUGUACACCUGCACAACCACCAAUGGUUUGCACUACAAGUCCUUUAUUAACCAAUGCUCCAACACGGUCGGCAUCCAUGCCAAUCGUACCACUUACUCCAGGUGGCUUACUUCUUCCAUUUGAGCCAUGUGAACCGUCGCAAGGUAUGAUACGUGGUCCACUUCCUCGAUCAAGUCGUUACCCAUCAACUCUAACAAAUUUUGAUGAUAUUCGACAACAAAUGCACCAACGUGCUCAGCUGCUAUCUGAUUUUCGACGACUAGAGGCGGAGCAAAUGGCAUUAUCACCUACACGUUAUCGAAAUGUACGAGCCCCAUCAGUACCUAGAUUCUCAUCAAAUUUACCACGACCCAUUUCUUCAUAUUCAUCAAAUUUACCGUUACCACCUUCUACAUUCUCAUCAAAUGUACCAUUACAACCACCCAUAAACAUACCACAAACUUCAUAUGCAAGAGGAGAUAUUAGUUCAUCUAGUACGAGCACAAGUAGAUCAUCAGCAUCAUCUACUCGACAACCUACAUUUGGUGGUUCCUAUGCGCAGCCGUCCUUCGGUGGUUAA